AUGGCCUCUCUCCGUGCAUUCACGCUGGACAAGCACCUCUUCAAUCCUUCGCUUUACCGCAGAAUCACCAGCCUCUGGUUCGAAGGCAUCCCAAAAGAUAGCACGGUCAUGUCCCGGGAGGCCGGGAUGAGAUGGUUCGGCGCGGGUGUUGACCCGGCUGCAAAAUCCGCGUUCGACAAUGAGUGCCACAAUACGGCACGAGAAGCCCUAGAGUCUAUUGGUCCUAAGAGACUGGGGCUACCGGACUUCACCUCUGUGGAGAAAGAUCAAGUCAACUACCUGGCUCUUGCUCGGCCAUUUCAGGACGAGUACAAUCGAACGGGUAUCCAGAGGCAAGAAAGUACAGAGGCGGCUCUUGCGAUUGUCCUGUUGCUGGAUCAAUUUUCACGUAAUCUGUACCGGAGCGACCAGGGGCUGGUCUAUAUACACUAUGACCGGUUGGCACGAGCUGUGUCUCAAGAUAUCCGUUCACGAGGAAUUCAGCAUGAUGCCGAAAUUUCGCACGUGUGGCGGUUCUGGUUCUAUAUGCCACUCAUGCACUCAGAGUUCCUUCAAGACCAUGUUGAGCUGGAGCGUUACGUACAGUCUGAAAUGUCGGCAGCGAAGGAAGUAGACAAUCAGGCUCGAAUCGAAUCCCUGGAGACGCAGCUCCGCUUUGGAAAGGCUCAUUCGGAUCUCAUUCGCAGGUUCGGCAGAUAUCCUCAUCGCAAUAAGUGGGUGGGUAGGGAAACUACAAAGGAGGAGCAAGAUUUCCUGGACAAUGACGGUGAAACGUUUGGAUCUGGCUGA